AUGGCAUACCAAGGUGGUGGAGGGUAUGCCGGCGACCCAAGUCACGGCUACCCGUUGAGGCGGCAUGACAGCGACGAUGAUCAGGAGCACGCGCUUCUGCACACCAACCCGACCGGCCAGUAUCAGGGCCCAUUCGAAGAUCCGCACAACCAAAUGGGCACUCCGGGCGCUCACGAUACGACCGGCUACAGCCUUGAGGAGUCGUAUAUUGGUGGGAAUGGGCACGUGCCACCAUACAAUGGCUACCACGAGCAGGGCUACGGAGGUCCUCAACUCGAUGCCGGCUAUGGAGACAAGGACCGUGCCCCCAGCCCGUACGCUCCCAGUGAGACGAGCACUGAAGCCUGGCGACAACGCGCCAACCCCGACAUGGGUCCAGGCAGCGCGGGAGCAAUGAAGCGCAGCGCUACUCGCAAGGUCAAGCUGGUCCAGGGCGCCGUGCUCAGCGCCGACUACCCAGUGCCUUCAGCCAUCCAGAACGCCGUCCAAGCGAAAUAUAGAAAUGAUUUGGAGAGUGGCAGCGAGGAAUUCACGCACCUGCGCUACACGGCCGCUACCUGCGACCCGAACGACUUCACGCUUAAGAACGGGUACAAUCUUCGGCCGGCAAUGUACAACAGGCACACUGAGCUGCUCAUUGCGAUAACAUACUACAAUGAGGACAAGACUCUGACUGCCCGUACCUUGCACGGUGUGAUGCAGAACAUCCGCGAAAUCGUGAACAUCAAGCGAACAGAGUUCUGGAACAAGGGUGGUCCAGCGUGGCAGAAGAUUGUGGUCUGUCUGGUGUUCGACGGUAUCGAUCCUUGCGACAAAGGCACUCUUGACGUGCUUGCAACCAUUGGAAUCUACCAGGACGGUAUCAUGAAGAGGGACAUUGAUGGAAAAGAGACUGUUGCGCACAUCUUUGAGUACACCACACAGCUGUCGGUGACGCCAAACCAGCAGCUCAUCCGGCCACUGGACGAUGGCGCAUCGACUCUGCCUCCUGUCCAGAUGAUUUUCUGUCUCAAGCAGAAGAACAGCAAGAAGAUCAACUCCCACAGAUGGCUGUUCACUGGAUUCGGGCGCAUUCUGAACCCAGAGAUCUGCAUUCUGCUCGAUGCGGGAACGAAGCCAGGCCACAAGGCCCUUCUCGCUCUGUGGGAAGCCUUCUACAACGACAAGGAUCUUGGUGGUGCUUGUGGUGAAAUUCACGCACUUCUCGGGCGCGGCUGGAAGAAUCUGCUGAAUCCGCUUGUGGCUGCACAGAACUUCGAGUACAAGAUCUCCAACAUCCUGGACAAGCCGCUGGAAUCCUCCUUCGGGUACGUGUCUGUGCUUCCAGGUGCUUUCUCAGCAUACAGAUUCCGCGCCAUUAUGGGACGGCCACUCGAGCAGUACUUCCACGGUGACCACACACUCGCCAAGCAGCUCGGUCCUAAGGGCAUUGAGGGGAUGAACAUCUUCAAAAAGAACAUGUUCUUGGCCGAGGACCGUAUUCUGUGUUUCGAACUGGUUGCCAAAGCCGGCAGCAAGUGGCAUCUCACGUACGUCAAGGCGGCCAAGGGUGAGACUGACGUGCCUGAAGGCGCUGCAGAGUUCAUUGGCCAACGCCGAAGAUGGCUGAACGGAUCUUUCGCGGCCACACUCUAUUCGCUCAUGCACUUCACGCGCAUGUACCGGUCAGGCCACAACAUCAUCCGGAUGAUCUUCUUCCACAUUCAAUUCCUGUAUAACACCUUUUCGACAUUCCUGACAUGGUUUACUCUCGCUUCGUACUGGCUGACUACAAAAGUCAUUCUCGAUUUGGUCGGUGGUGUGCCAUCUUCGACCAACAACAUGAAUUGCUGGCCCUUCGGCAACACUGCAACACCCAUCGUCAACACCGUCAUCGAGUAUCUCUACCUCGCUUUCGUUCUGCUACAAUUCAUCCUGGCACUCGGUAACCGACCCAAGGGUAGCAGAUGGAGCUACAUCGUCUCUUUCGUAUUCUUCGCCCUGGUUCAGACAUACGUCAUCAUUGACUCUGUCUACCUGGUCGUCAAUGCCUUCUCCAACGGUCUAGGCUUCGCUGGUAAAGACGCAGACGAAAUCGCCGAGUCCUUCUUCUCCUCCGGCGGCACGAGUAUCAUCCUGGUGGCUCUGGCUGCGACGUUCGGCCUCUACUACGUCGCCUCCUUCCUCUACCUCGACCCGUGGCACAUGUUCACUUCCUUCGGCCAAUACCUCCUCCUUAUGUCGUCCUAUAUUAACAUCCUCAUGGUCUACGCCUUCAGCAACUGGCACGACGUUUCAUGGGGUACCAAAGGUUCCGACAAAGCCGACGCCCUGCCCUCCGCUUCGACCCAGAAAGGAAAGGACGGCAAAUCCAACGUUAUCGAAGAAGUCGACCUCGCACAGGCAGACAUCGACUCGCAGUUCGAACAGACCGUCAAGCGCGCCCUUACUCCGUACGUCGCGCCCAAGGAGGAGACGAAGAAGACGCUCGAGGACUCGUACAAGUCUUUCCGCACCAAGCUCGUCACGUUCUGGAUAUUCUCCAACGCCCUGCUGGCGAUCGGUAUCACCUCGGACGACACGAACGAGUUUGGUGUCACCAGCGGUGCGACGACACGGACGGCGAACUUCUUCCACGCGCUGCUGUUGGCUACGGCGGCGUUGUCGAUGAUUCGCUUCUUUGGCUGCAUCUGGUUCCUGGGCAAGAGCGGGUUGCUGUGUAUGUUCAGGCGGCGCUGA